CGCUAGUCCUAUACGCAUGCACAUUGUUCAUGCCACAUGGCGGCGUAGGAAGAACAAGCUUUUCGACUGUAAUUUCUACAAUAUUUCCAACCUGGAUUACUUUACACCUCUUAGUGUACACCAGUAAUAUAUUCAGCAGUUAUUGUUUGAAGAAAAUCCACCACCAUGCCGCUAUCGUGUCGGUUUUACUCGCAAAAAUAUCCGGAGCCCGAGGAUGUUGUUAUGGUCAACGUUCGGCAGAUCGCCGAAAUGGGAGCCUAUGUCUACCUGCUGGAAUACAACAACAUUGAGGGCAUGAUUCUGCUGUCUGAGUUGUCUCGUCGUAGAAUUCGAUCCAUCAACAAACUCAUCAGGGUGGGGAGGAGUGAAUGUGUGGUGGUGAUCCGUGUAGAUAAAGACAAGGGUUAUAUUGACUUGUCAAAACGACGUGUAUCUCCAGAAGAUAUAACAAAGUGUGAAGAGAAGUUUGCAAAAGGCAAAGCUGUUAACAGCAUACUUCGGCACGUUGCUGAAACGCUCAAAUAUGAAACAGAUGAACAGUUAGAAGAACUAUACAAGAAGACUGCGUGGUAUUUUGACGAGAAGCACAAAAAGCAGGCCAGCUCGUAUGACGUUUUCAAACUGUCUGUAACUGACCCGGCUGUGUUGGAUGAGUGCAACUUGGACCCGAACACAAAAGAUGUCCUUCUCACAAAUAUCAAGCAUCGUCUCACGCCUCAAGCAGUUAAAAUACGUGCAGACAUUGAGGUCUUCUGCUACGAGUACGAGGGCAUCGACGCCGUCAAGAACGCUCUCAAGAAGGGCAUAGCACUUUCCACGGAGGACAUGCCGAUCAAGAUCAACCUGAUUGCGCCACCACUUUACGUCAUGACGACGACCACUAUGGAGAGGACAGAAGGUCUGGCUGCACUGAAUCUUGCCAUUGACAAGAUCAGGGAAACCAUCAAGGAGGCAGGAGGGGCGUUCAACGUUAAAAACGCGCCGAAGGUGGUAACUGAAACGGACGAGAUCGAGCUGGCGAAGCAGUUAGAUCGUCUCGAACAAGAAAACGCGGAGGUCGACGGCGACGACGACGAGGAAGACGCGGAUGCCGGAUCUGGAACAGAGUCUGCAGGGGGAGACGGGGAUGUGGACGUUGUCAUGGAGGAUGCCUAACUGGUUGCUCAGAUCAGACGUGGGCACAGCUGACCCUGGUUUGGGUAAUAAACUAAGACCUACCAAUGA